UUGAGCAGAGAAGAGAUUGGAAUUAACAUCUCCCCGAGGACUAGCCUCCAUCCACCUUUUGAGUUCAAAGGGGUAGGGGGUGUCAAUAGUCAAAGGAGGAGGACUAGUCCAUUGCUGUCCAUAAUAGAAAUUAAGCAUCAAGAUGGACAUAAGUCCUUACACUACUCCAAAGAAGCUAUCACCACACUCCAAUAACCAUAACAACAUCAUUGCCGAUGAGGCUGCAGCGUUAUUAGAUCACAACAACAUGCACCGCAGCAACCACAGCCACACUUCCACGAGCCGUUCCUCGGACUCAAGUGAGCCUAGUGAAGACGGUAAAUGGGCACCCAAACUUCUCAGAGAGUGUGCAAAAGCAAUAUCCGAGAGAGACUCAAGCAAAACGCACCAUCAUCUUUGGAUGCUUAACGAGCUUGCUUCGCCUUAUGGGGAUUGUGAUCAGAAACUCGCCUCUUAUUUCUUGCAAGCGUUGUUCUGCAGAGCCACUGAGUCUGGUGAGAGGUGCUAUAAAACUCUUUCCUCCGUGGCUGAGAAGAACCACUCGUUUGACUCGGCCAUGAGGUUGAUACUCAAGUUUCAAGAGGUGAGCCCUUGGACAACUUUUGGACACGUGGCGUCGAACGGCGCCAUCUUGGAGGCCUUGGAAGGGGAGCCAAAGCUCCACAUCAUCGACCUCAGCAACACGCUGUGCACGCAGUGGCCAACGCUACUCGAAGCCUUGGCCACGCGAAACGAUGAGACACCUCAUCUUAAGCUCACAGUGGUCGCGAUAGCGGGGUCGGUGAUGAAGGAGAUUGGUCAACGGAUGGAGAAGUUUGCAAGACUCAUGGGCGUGCCCUUUGAAUUCAACGUGAUUAGUGGAUUAAGCCAAAUCACCAAAGAAGGUUUGGGGGUUCAAGAAGAUGAAGCUAUAGCUGUGAACUGCGUUGGAACAUUGAGAAGAGUGGAAAUUGAAGAGAGGGAAAACUUGAUUCGUGUUUUCAAGUCUCUUGGUCCUAAAGUGGUAACCGUUGUCGAGGAAGAAGCUGAUUUUUGUAGCUCCAGGGAGAAUUUUGUUAAGUGCUUUGAAGAGUGUCUCAAGUUCUACACACUCUACUUCGAGAUGUUGGAGGAGAGUUUCCCUCCCACUAGCAACGAGAGGUUGAUGUUGGAGAGGGAGUGCUCGAGGACCAUAGUUAGGGUUUUGGCUUGCUGUGGUAGUGGUGAGUUUGAAGAUGAUGGAGAGUUUGAUUGUUGUGAGAGGAGGGAGAGAGGGAUUCAGUGGUGUGAGAGGCUGAGGAGUGCGUUUUCGCCAAGUGGAUUCAGCGAUGAUGUGGUGGAUGAUGUGAAAGCAUUGCUCAAGAGGUACCAACCAGGGUGGUCACUUGUGGUGUCUCAAGGAGAUGAACAUCUCUCAGGGAUUUACUUGACAUGGAAGGAGGAACCGGUGGUUUGGGCAUCAGCAUGGAAACCCUAGAAUAUACUUGAACUUGAAUCAAUGAAUGUGUAUGUGUAUCGAUCAUUGUAUCUAUUAUCUAUUAUCAAAUAUAUAUAUAUAUAUAUAUAUAUAUAUAUAUAUAUAUAUAUAUAUAUUUGUGUAUGUUUGGUAUAUGGUACCAUUACUAUAUAUAUAUAUAUUGCGGGGCUAAAGCUAUAUAGCUAUAGCAAGCCAACCUUAAAACCAAGGGAGCGAGAGAAGUACAAUGGAAAUUAAGGUGCUCUGGGGGAUAUAUACCAAUACCUUAUUAGAUGGAGCUAGCAAUGGAUGGAUGGAUCUGGAUUUUUCUUUUAACUUUCUCUUAUGAUUCUUGCAUACUUUGUAAUUUUUCUCCUGUCCAAGUUUCCUUUAAAGGGCAAGGUUUUUGCUUGGGAGUUUGUGUUGUUAGACUUUACACCUUUUUAUUAUAGUUAAGUUCAUUGCUUGCUCUUGUUUGAAGGUGUUUGCACUUGUGCUCUUUUUAUGAAUUCCAUGCCCGGCUUCCUUCCCUUUUUGUGCA